AUGGGUACCAUGGAUUUUACUUUUAAAGAGUUCAUGUUGAAAGCCAUCAAAUUCCUGUAUCCAGAAUUAGAUAAUUUAGUCUCUAUAGAUUGUUCAAACAAAGAAAUCAUGAUGUAUGUUGUUCAAGAAAUUGGAAGUUUCUUGAGAUUAGCAUCAAGAAAACUCAAAAGUGAUCGAGACAUUGUUCUGAAUGCUGUGAAAUGUGACGGUGUUUCGCUUGAAUUUGCCACUCAUGAUUUGAAGAAUGACAGAGAAAUUGCACUUCAUGAAAUCAAACAAAAUGGGUUGGCAUUGGAAUUCGUUUCGACAGAGUUGAAGGGGAAAAAGAAUUGGUAUUAA